GGUACGACUGGCUUUGGAACGGGGACAACAGGGGGUCUGUUUGGUCAGCAGUCUCAAACCACAAGCCUGUUUAACAAACCCUUUGGCCAGGCCACGACGACGCAGAACACGGGCUUCUCGUUUGGGAAUACCACGCUAGGGCAGCCGAACACGAACACCAUGGGUCUCUUUGGGGUGACCCAGCCCUCACAGCCGGGAGGCCUUUUUGGAACAGCCGCCAAUACCAACGCUGGUACUGGAUUUGGAACCGGAACUGGCCUUUUUGGACAAGCGAACACAGGGUUUGGUGUUGGCGGUUCGACCCUGUUUGGUAACAAGCCUGCUGGAUUUGGAACCACCACGACCAGUGCUCCCUCGUUUGGUACAACCACUGGCGGCGGGCUCUUUGGUUUUGGUGCCAACACCGCUGGAAAUAGUUUGUUUGGAAAUAAGCCUGCAACUGGGACUCUGGGAACCGGACUUGGAACGGGGUUUGGAACAGCUCUCGGGGCAGGGCAGACGUCUUUGUUUGGAAACACCCAGCCGAAGCUUGGUGGAACGCUGGGAACGGGCGCGUUCGGAGCACCGGGGUUCAACACAUCAACAGCCACGCUGGGCUUUGGAGCCCCUCAGCCCGCCGUAGCACUGACAGACCCAAAUGCAUCAGCAGCCCAGCAAGCAGUCCUUCAGCAGCACCUCAACAGCCUGACUUACUCGCCCUUCGGAGACUCUCCGCUCUUCAGAAACCCCAUGUCAGACCCGAAGAAGAAAGAAGAGAGGCUGAAACCAACUAACCCAGCAGCUCAGAAAGCCUUAACGACCCCCACCCACUACAAGCUGACUCCCCGUCCAGCCACCAGAGUGCGACCGAAAGCUUUGCAGUCCGCUGGCUCUGCCAAGUCGCAUCUCUUCGACGGUCUGGAUGACGACGAGCCGUCCCUGUCCAACGGGGCCUUCAUGCCAAAGAAGAGCAUCAAGAAGUUGGUCUUGAAGAAUCUCAACAGUAGCGAUCUGUUCUCACCUGUCAAUCGUGAAAAUGAAGACCUGGCCUCUCCAUCAGAGUAUCCAGAGAACGGAGAUCGGUUCUUUUUGUCAGUAGCGCCCGAUGAGAACCACGGGCAAGAUGGUGAGCGAGAGGAGGAGGAGGAGGAUCACCACGAAGUGACGAGGUUUUACACUAACCCCAUUGCCAAGCCCAUCCCCCAGACCCCGGAGAACCCCGUGCACAAGCCCCAGAACAGCGUGGAUGACACCAUCGUGGCUCUGAACAUGCGGGCGACCUUGCGAAACGGCCUGGAAGGCAGCAGCGAAGACGCCUCCUUUCACGACGAUUCCCUCCAGGAUGAGCGCGAGGAGGAGCCCGAAACGGUGCCUCAUCUGCACCCGGCAGGAAUCGUUCUGACAAGAGCCGGCUAUUACACCAUCCCGUCCAUGGAGGAGCUGGCCAGGUCAACUGGUGACAGAAGGGAGUGUGUGGUGACAGACUUCACCAUAGGCCGCAAGGGUUAUGGCUCGAUUUACUUUGAAGGAGAGGUAAACCUGACUAACUUAAAUCUGGAUGACAUUGUCCACAUCCGCAGAAAAGAAGUGAUUGUUUACCCUGACGAUGAACGGAAACCACCCGUUGGUGAAGGGUUAAACAGACGAGCAGAAGUUACCUUGGAUGGGGUCUGGCCCACAGACAAAACCUCUCGUUGCCUCAUCAAGAGCCCCGAGCGCCUGGCCGAGAUGAAUUACGAAGGCAGGCUGGAGUCCGUGUCUCGGAAGCAGGGUGCUCAGUUCAAGGAGUAUCGCCCAGAGACGGGCUCCUGGGUGUUCAAGGUCGCACACUUUUCCAAGUACGGCUUGCAAGAUUCAGAUGAGGAAGAGGAGGAGCGUCCUGCAAAAGUAGACGCAAAGAAGUUAAAAACUACACCCGUGCCACCCCCGGGGCACCUGCCGCCCCAGCAAAUGGCCCUGAACAGCAAGCCGGCGCCUCAGGCUCAG